AUGGAUUUUCCAGGCCUAGGAGCCCUGGGGGCCGCAGAACCCCUGCCACAGUUUGUGGAUUCUGCCCUGGUGUCCUCAGCACCAGAUUCUGGAGGGUUCUUCUCCUCUGGGCCUGAGGGUUUGGAUGCAGCAGCCUCCACUUCCCCGAACGCAGGCUCGGCCGCAGCUACUGCGCUGGCCUACUACAGGGACACCGAGGCCUAUAGACACUCUCCAGUCUUUCAGGUCUACCCACUUCUCAACUGUAUGGAGGGAAUCCCAGGGGGCUCACCUUAUGCCAGCUGGGCCUACAGCAAGACGAGCCUCUACCCUGCUUCAACUGUAUGCCCCAGCCAUGAGGAUGCCCCUCCCCAGACGCUAGAAGACCCGGAUGGGAAGACCAGCACCACCUUCUUGGAAACCUUGAAGACAGAGCGGCUGAGUCCAGACCUCCUGACCCUGGGGACUGCACUGCCUGCGUCGUUGCCUGUCACCAGCAGUGCUUAUGGGGGACCUGACUUUCCUGGUCCUUUUUUCUCUCCCACUGGGAGCCCUCUCAGUUCAGCAGCCUAUUCUUCCCCCAAGUUUCACGGAAGCCUCCCCUUGGCCCCUUGUGAGGCCAGAGAGUGUGUGAACUGUGGAGCAACGGCUACUCCACUGUGGCGAAGGGACAGAACAGGUCACUACCUGUGCAAUGCCUGUGGCCUGUAUCACAAGAUGAAUGGCCAGAACCGGCCUCUCAUCCGACCCAAGAAGCGUCUGAUUGUCAGCAAACGGGCAGGCACUCAAUGCACUAACUGCCAAACGACCACCACAACACUCUGGCGGAGAAAUGCCAGCGGAGAUCCCGUGUGCAAUGCCUGUGGCCUCUACUACAAGCUACACCAGGUGAACCGACCAUUGACUAUGCGGAAGGAUGGAAUUCAGACUAGGAACCGCAAGGCCUCUGGAAAAGGCAAAAAGAAGCGAGGGUCAAGUCUGGGAGGAGCAGGAGCAGCUGAAGGACCAGCUGGUGGCUUCAUGGUGGUAGCUGGUGGCAGCAGUAGUGGGAAUUGUGGGGAAGUGGCCCCAGGCUUGACACUGGGUACUGCAGGCACUGCUCAUCUCUACCAGGGCCUGGGACCUGUGGUGCUGUCAGGGCCUGUCAGCCAUCUUAUGCCUUUCUCUGGACCUCUGCUGGGAUCGCCUACAGCCUCCUUCCCCACAGGUCCUGUGCCUCCUACCACCAGCACCACUGUGGUGGCUCCCCUCAGCUCUUGA